AUGGCCUCGGGACAGCGAUCACCCCCUUCAACUGCAUCUAGCACCACAAUGCGGCCUCCAACGACGGCUCUUCUUAUCUAUCCAGUGACCUUACUUGUGGGAUCACUCUUUUCCAUCCUUUCUCCCACAGCCCGAGGCUCCCGACAAAGCCUUUACGCGCGUCCCGCUUCUCUGGCCCCCUCCAUCGCCGCCAACGUGAACCUUUCCCCUCCAAACCCGGUCAACUACUUCGCUCGCAAGGACAACAUCUUCAAUCUCUACUUUGUCAAGGUUGGCUGGCUCUGGACCACACUCGCCUUCCUGUCCCUGCUUGUCUCCCAGCCCGCCUACACUGCCCCUUCCGCACACCAACCGCGCCGACUCGCCCAGGCCGCCCUCCGAUACAGCCUGGCUACGCUAGUGUGGUACCUAACGACACAGUGGUUCUUUGGGCCCCCGAUUGUCGACCGCAGUUUUGUGAUUACGGGCGGGAAAUGCGAGCGCGUUGUGGCGGAGACGUCAGGAAACCCGGCUGUGGCUGUUGCGCAGGCGGGGUCUGUUUCUGCGGGUCUCGAGAAGAUGUUUACGGCGGCAGCUUGUAAGGCGGCUGGGGGUUCGUGGACGGGGGGCCAUGAUGUGAGUGGGCAUGUGUUUAUGCUUGUGCUUGCGACGUCGAUGCUGGUUUUUGAGGCUGUUGGGGCGAUGAGGGCUGUUUCCGUGGGGGCGGAGGCUGAUAAGAAGGUGGAUGGGGAGGUUGAUGGUCAGAGUGAGGUUGAGAAGGUUCAAGCUCAGAGUGAGGAGGAGCAGGGGGGUUGGAUGCGGACUUGGUCUUUACGGUUGAUUGGGGCUGUUGUGGGGUUGGGAUGGUGGAUGCUGUUCAUGACUUCGAUCUGGUUCCACACGUGGUUGGAAAAGUGGUCUGGGCUGUUGAUUGCUCUUGGGACGGUCUACGUUGUAUACGUCUUGCCGUUGAGCGUGCCGUCGUGGAGGGAUAUCGUUGGAAUUCCCGGAGUAUAG